GCUGUAUACCACAAAAUCUUGUCAGUGGGACUGUAUGAUCGCCAACACUAAAGGAGGAAGCUCCAUUUUGUCACCGCCCUAGAGAAGACAGAAACGCUGAGAGGAAGUACUAAAAAUAUGAAGUAAAGACAUGAUUUUGAAGUAAGGCGAGAGAGGUACGAAAAGUGUAGUUCUUCUGCGAUGCUGUAUCCCAGGCGAGGAGGCAAGGGAGCCCGGCGCCUGCUGCUCUCUCUUCUGCUUCUUGCAAUCUGGAAGGCGGGGAGCAGCCAAGUCCACUACUCCGUCCCCGAGGAGGCCAAGCACGGCACCUUCGUGGGCCGCAUCGCGCAGGACCUGGGGCUGGAGCUGGCGGAGCUGGUGCCGCGCCUGUUCCGGGUGGCGUCCAAAGACCACGGGGACCUUCUGGAGGUAAAUCUGCAGAAUGGCAUUUUGUUUGUGAAUUCUCGGAUCGACCGCGAGGAGCUGUGCGGGCGGAGGGCGGAGUGCAGCAUCCACCUGGAGGUGGUGGUGGAGAGGCCGCUGCAGGUUUUCCACGUGGAGGUGGAGGUGAAGGACAUUAACGAUAAUCCACCAGUCUUCAGAGAGAGAGAACAAAGGUUAUUUAUUCCUGAAUCUAGACUGCUGGGAUCGCAUUUCCCGCUAGAGGGCGCUGCUGAUGCCGACAUUGGCACCAAUUCUCUUCUAACGUAUAUGCUCAGCCCCAGUGAUUAUUUCUCGUUGGAUAUACAGGCAAGUGAUGAACUGAGUAAGUCACUUGCGCUUGAAUUAAGGAAAGUUUUGGACAGAGAAGAAACACCAGAAUUUCAUUUAUUAUUGACAGCCACGGAUGGGGGCAAACCUGAGCUGGAAGGUACAGUUCACCUGCUGAUAACGGUGCUCGACGUUAAUGACAACGCCCCAUUGUUUUCUCAGGCCGUGUACAGAGUCCAUUUAUUGGAAACUAUAGCAAAUGGGACAUUAGUAACCACAUUAAAUGCCUCUGACGCUGACGAAGGUGUAAAUGGAGAAGUUGUCUUUUUCUUCGGCAGUGAUGUUCCUGUGAACAUUAGAAAGAACUUCAAAAUUGAUUCCAGCUCAGGAGAGAUUAGGCUAAUUGGUAAACUGGAUUAUGAAGAGACAAAAUCCUACGAAAUUCAGGUAAAAGCAGUUGAUAAAGGAAGUCCUCCCAUGUCAAAUCACUGCAAGGUUUUAGUGAAAGUGCUGGAUGUCAAUGAUAAUGCUCCGGAACUGGCGGUCAGGUCCUUGUCCUUACCGGUCAGGGAGGACGCCCCCCUCGGCACCGUCAUUGCCUUCAUAUCCGUGUCCGACCGGGACUCCAGUGUCAACGGGCAGGUGACCUGCACCCUGACACCGCAUGUCCCCUUCAAGCUGGUGUCCACCUUCAAGAAUUACUAUUCGCUGGUGCUGGACAGCGCCCUGGACCGCGAGAAGCUGUCACACUACGAGUUGGUGGUGACAGCUCGGGAUGGGGGCUCGCCUUCGCUGUCGGCCACCGCCAGCGUGUCCGUGGAGGUGGCCGACGUGAACGACAACGCGCCGCUGUUCGCGCAGCCCGAGUACACGGUGUUCGUGAAGGAGAACAACCCGCCCGGCUGCCACAUCUUCACGGUGUCGGCGCGGGACUUGGACGCGCAGGAGAACGCGCUGGUGUCCUACUCGCUGGUGGAGCGGCGGGUGGGCGAGCGCGCGCUGUCGAGCUACGUGUCGGUGCACGCGGAGAGCGGCCAGGUGUACGCGCUGCAGCCUCUGGACCACGAGGAGCUGGAGCUGCUGCAGUUCCAGGUGAGCGCGCGCGACGCGGGCGUGCCUCCUCUGGGCAGCAACGUGACGCUGCAGGUGUUCGUGCUGGACGAGAACGACAAUGCGCCUGCGCUGCUGCCUCUCACGACGCGCGCCCUGGACGAGGCGGACUCUCCGCGGCAGCGCCUGCUGGUGCUGGUGAAGGACCAUGGGGAGCCGGCGCUGGUGGCCACCGCCACUGUGCUGCUGUCGCUGGUGGAGAAUAGCCAGGCGCCAAAGACCUCCUCGCAAACGUCUCCUGGCGCCGCGAACGCGGAGGUGGCGCUAGUGGACGUGAACGUGUACCUGAUCAUCGCCAUCUGCGCGGUGUCCAGCCUGUUGGUGCUCUCGCUGCUGCUGUACACGGCUCUGCGGUGCUCGGUACCGCCCACCAAGGGUGCUUGCGGGCCGGGGAAGCCGGUGCUGGUGUGCUCCAGCGCGGUGGGCAGCUGGUCUUACUCGCUGCAGAGGCGGCAGAGGGUGUGCUCUGGGGGAGGGGCGCCCAAGACGGACCUCAUGGCCUUCAGCCCCAGUCUUCCUCCCGGUCCGAACAUGUCGGAAGAAAAUGAACACCCAGAAGUAAAUUCGGAACAUUCUGGUAAUGUAAGUCCAACUUUCAAGCUUUGCCUUUAA